GGCAGAAGAGAGGAUGAAGGCGCUUUUCAAGCCCAAGACGAGGACGCCGACCGAGCUUGUGAGGCAUACUCGCGAUCUCCUCAUUUUCAUUGAUGGCAAUUCGAAUCUGCGGGAGAGCAAGCGCGAGGAGAAGAUGGCUGAACUGAGUAAAGCUAUUCGAGAGUUGAAAUAUGUUUUAUACGGGAAUAGUGAAGCUGAACCAGUGCCCGAUGCUUGUGCACAAUUGACUCAAGAGUUUUUCAGAGAAAACACACUGCGUCUAAUCAUAACUUGCCUUCCAAAAUUGAAUCUCGAGGUUCGAAAAGAUGCUACUCAAGUAAUUGCAAAUUUGCAAAGGCAGCAAGUUCACUCUCGAUUCAUUGCUUCUGAUUAUUUGGAAGAAAACAAAGAUCUUUUGGAUAUUUUAAUAUCAGGAUAUGAGAAUAUGGACAUUGCCUUGCACUAUGGCGCCAUGUUGAGGGAGUGCAUAAGACAUCAAUGUAUUGCAAGGUCUGUUUUGGAGUCUGAGAGCAUGAAAAAGUUUUUUGACUAUCUACAAAUUCCAAAUUUUGACAUAUCAUCGGAUGUGUUUGUAACUUUCAGGGAGCUCAUGACAAGGCAUAAAUCAACUGUAGCUGAAUAUCUUUGUAAAAAUUAUGAUUGGUUUUUCACCGAGUAUAAUGAGAAGUUGAUAUCAUCUACCAACUAUGUAACAGUCAGACAAGCUAUCAAGCUUUUGGGAGAGAUGUUGCUGGAUCGAUCAAAUUCUCCAGUUAUGAUAAGAUAUGUCAACUCAAAGGAUAACUUGAUACUUCCAAUGAAUCUUCUAAGACAUGAGAGCAAGAGCAUACAAAAAGAAGCCUUUCAUGUAUUCAAGUUAUUUGUUGCUAACGAAAACAAACCAGCUGAGAUUGGAACUAUACUAAUGACUAACAAAAACAAGCUUCUUCGUCUCCUGGGUGAAUUCAAGUUAGAGAAAGAGGACGUGCAAUUUGAUGCAGACAAGACCCAAGUUAUGAAAGAGAUAGCAGAACUUUCACUGUAAGCAGGAGCUGCCCUCUGAUUUACAGUCAGCUUUCUUGAUUUUUUAUGUUAUGCUUGUAAAUAUUUUGUGAUUUAUUUUUAUUUUUUACUGAUGACUGAAAUUGUUUGUCUUUCAAAGUCCUACUUAACUUUUUUUUUU